UGGUUGGCUGUUUGGUGGGAGGCUCUUACCUUUGCUCCCGAUUGGUCGCUCAGGGGGAGGCGCUUUUCACUGCUCCUGGUAGGUCUCUCUGUGGAGGCGUCUCUUCCGACGAAGGGGCAAUUGUCAUUUCCGGAGUAAGAUGGCUGCAGCACGAGUUUUGAGCGCCUGGAACCGGAAUGCCAGGCAGCUGAUUUGGGUUCGCUAUUUUCAAACAUGUAGUAGCGUUCAUGUUUUAAAGCCAAAAUAUGUGUAUUUCUCCGGUUAUCCUUCAUUCAAGUAUAGUCAUCCACAUCGGUCACUGAAAACAACCGCUGUUCUACAUGGACAGGUUGUUCAAUUCAAACUCUCAGACAUUGGAGAAGGGAUUAGAGAAGUAACUGUUAAAGAAUGGUAUGUAAAAGAAGGAGAUACAGUGUCUCAGUUUGAUAGCAUCUGUGAAGUUCAAAGUGAUAAGGCUUCUGUUACCAUCACUAGUCGUUAUGAUGGAGUCAUCAAAAAACUCUAUUAUAAUCUAGAUGAGAUUGCCUAUGUGGGGAAGCCGUUAGUAGACAUAGAAACGGAAGCUUUAAAAGUUUCAGAAGAAGACAUUGUUGAAACUCCUGCUGUGUCCCAUGAUGAACACACACACCAAGAGAUAAAAGGCCAAAAAACACUGGCAACUCCUGCAGUUCGCCGCCUAGCGAUGGAAAACAAUAUUAAGUUGAGUGAAGUUGUUGGCUCAGGAAAAGAUGGCAGAAUACUCAAAGAAGACAUUCUCAACUAUUUGGCAAAGCAGACAGGAGCUAUAUUACCUCCUUCACCAAAAGCUGAAAUCAUGCUGCCUCCACCAAAACCAAAAGACAGGACUAUUCCUAUACCAAUAUCAAAACCUCCAGUAUUCACAGGCAAAGACAGAACAGAACCCCUAAAAGGCUUUCAGAAAGCAAUGGUCAAAACCAUGACUGCAGCCCUGAAGAUUCCUCACUUUGGGUAUUGUGAUGAGGUUGACCUUACUGAGCUGAUUAAGUUUCGUGAAGAAUUAAAACCCAUUGCUUUUGCUCGUGGAAUUAAACUCUCCUUUAUGCCCUUCUUUUUAAAGGCUGCUUCCUUGGGAUUGCUACAGUUUCCUAUCCUUAAUGCUUCUGUGGAUGAAGCCUGCCAGAACAUAACAUAUAAGGCUUCUCAUAAUAUUGGAAUAGCAAUGGAUACUGAGCAGGGGUUGAUCGUCCCAAAUGUGAAAAAUGUUCAGAUCUGCUCUAUAUUUGAGGUUGCCACUGAAUUGAAUCGCCUCCAGCAGUUGGGCUCUACAGGUCAGCUUGGAACCACUGAUCUUACAGGAGGGACAUUUACACUUUCCAAUAUUGGAUCUAUUGGUGGCACCUAUGCCAAACCAGUGAUAGUGCCACCUGAAGUAGCAAUUGGGGCUUUUGGAUCAAUUAAGGCCCUUCCUCGAUUUAACCAGAAAGGAGAGGUAUAUAAGGCCCAGAUAAUGAAUGUGAGCUGGUCAGCUGAUCACAGAGUUAUUGAUGGUGCUACAAUGUCCCGCUUCUCUAAUUUGUGGAAAUCCUACUUAGAAAACCCAGCUUUUAUGCUACUAGAUCUGAAAUGAAGAUGGAUAAGACAUCCUUGAACUUUUCGUGCUUCCAAAGAAUAUAUAAAGCCUAGCUGUGCUAGCACAUGCUGUUCAUUGCAAUUUGUAAUAUAAAUGAUUUGGCACAAUAUUUAUCACUAUUCUGUUAGACUUUUUACUGAAACUGAUAAUGGUGUAAUAGUUCUCCUGAGGCUGUCCUGUCACAUUUUAUAGGUAAUUAAAAAAAAAAACCAAACCCGUUGCAGUUGAGUCGAUUCCAACUCAUAGCAACCCUAUAGGACAGAGUAGAACUGCACCAUAGGGUUUCCAAGGAACAGCUGGUGGAUUUGACCUGCCAACCUUUUGGUUAGCAGCUGAGCUCUUCACCACUGCGCCACUAGGGCUCCUUAUAGGUCAUAGUGUGACUUAAUGUGCUGCUGAGAUCUCUUUGUCAAUGGAUUAGAACUGGCAAGAACAUAAUGUUACUAAAAGACAGGUAGCCAUAUACAGUAUUUGCCCUGUUCUUUUUUUUUUUCUUUUUUAACUGACUCUUAAUGAAACUUUCCGUUCAACUAUUAGUUGGGAAAAGGAAUUUAUAUACAAAAAUGUUUUCCAUUUCCCUGCAAUAAUGCAAAUUGUUGUAUAAAGUAAGUGGAAUUAUACUUUUAAAAUAUCCCGGUAUAUUCUUUCUCUAUAGAGAUUAUCAUCUGUAAAUGACUUGUUUAUAUAAAUUAAUGUCUUUUAAAAGGGAGAAUUAUAAGCUGGUCAUAAAAAUGCCGAAUUAAUAGUUUUAUAACCUGUAAGACUAUUAAAGGUGUUUGUUUAAAAUAGAUAAACUUUUAGAAUUUUGCUAAUAUUUUGAUGUUUUGUUGGGAGAACUUCACUUUCACAAACGUGCUUUGUGUAAGGAAGGUACUUUAAAUGUAGCAGCCUCUGGCAUUUUCUUACGUUCAGAAAUCUACUUCCUUUUAACUUUCUUGGUCUUCAGCUAAAAAACAGGAUAGGAUAAGAAACUGAGGUCUAUUCUAUCCUCCAUAUCCUGAGUGGGAAAGUGAAUAAGAGGACAGAGAAGAAUUUAGUGAGUAUUAUGGGCAGAAAAAUAAAAUAAUAAAUGUGAUACAGAAAUGAAUGUGUCAUAAUGAUCAUUUUGUUAGAGGCCCACUAUUAGAAAUAGCAUCAAAAUGAGUAUAGUCCAACAUUUUGAUUUGCAUUCAGAGAUCCAGGUCCUUUCUAAUGCUGUCUAUAUGAAUACUGUAUGCCAAAAUUAGUUAGUCAAGUGAAAUGUUGUGACAGAAAAAAGUAGUUUUGAUGUCCUCUUGAUUUUUUUUCAAAAUGGGAAUAAUUGUUUAAUCAAAAAUAAUAAAUCAAAUAAUUCAGAUAAUAAAGUUAUAAAGAAAAAUCAUCCAUAAUCCUACCACUAUUAACAUUUUAAUCAUGUAGCUGUAUACAUAGCUAUUCUUUUUAUAAAAAUGGAUUAUACUAUAGCUAUUAUUUGAUAAUUUGAUGUUUUUAAUUUAACAAUAUAUUAUGGGUAACUGUAUGUAUCAAUAAACAGUUCUAUAUUAUCAUAACUUUAAAUGACUGCAUAGUAUUUCAUUGUAUGUAUGUAAUCAUACACUCAAAUACUGAUUGAGCAUCUACUGUGUACCACGUACAAUGCUAAGUACUGGUUACACAUUGCCUACCCUCCUGGUCCCUGACUUCAUUAGGCUUGUAGCCUAGUGGAAGAGAGAGCUGUUAAAUAAUCAUAAAAAUAUAAUUACAUACCUAGGUAGAAAAAAAUCUAAUAGGGGUUCCUGAUUCUGUCUGGGGGAAUCAGGAGAUGGAUGUUUCAUAAUUUACCAAUUCUCUAUUGAUGGGCAUUUGCUGAAUUUUAGAUGAGGAAUUUGACCUUCACUUAAAGAAUGUGAAAACUAGGAGAAAAGGAGUCCUGAAAUUAAAUAUGCCGCUGUUGAAAAGAAGGUCCAGCAUUUUGGGCUCAAGAUGUUCUCUACAUUCCCAAAAUAACUCUUGAGCUGUCUGUUCUAUCCCACCCCCCUACCAUUACCAUCUUUUCUUUAGUCUCAUCCAUUGGGAAUUCAACAAAGGAUUUGCUCCUUGCCAUGUGCAGGACCUUUCCGAGGAGGAGACCAGAGGUCCUGGACUAUAGCCCUAGCAGCAGUUCUGAGCCAGCAGGCUCUACACAUUACAGCGGGGGUCAAGGCUUUUGCUGUAUUCCUAAAUGUUGAAAUUAAAGGGGAGAAGCCAGAAAAUUCACAUACUUCAUUAAUACAUCUGGGGGUUAGAAGGCAUCUAUGCAAAGGGAGAAGCCAAAAUUAUUGCUGGAAAUGGUCAACAAGAACAUCAAGAGUCCAUUCAUUAUGUAGACCAUCACUCUGACAUUUGAGAAGGAGACACAAUAGGGAAGGAAGUUUGAAGGACAGGAGCCUGAAUUGGUAUUAAUUUCCAUUUUGGAAACCAAAAAAUACCUUAUGUUGAAACAUUCCAAGAAGUGGUUAUAUAGGAAGAAGAAACAAAAGUGACAAAUUCUUUGCCCAGAAAGUCCACUGAUCUGUUUGGGCAUUUCUCUUUGCUUUCCAGUCAAAGUGAAUUCCAGGGAUCAUUUGAUGGAUUUCCUUGCUGACUAUGGUUUGAUAGUUGAUGGAGUACACCAAUGUUCAUUGCAGCACUAUUCACAAUAGCCAAAAGGUGGAAACAACCUAAUUGCUCAUCAACAGAUAAAUGGAUAAACAAAAUGUGGUACAUACAUACAAUGGAAUACUAC